AGUAAUUGAGAGUUCAAAAUGAAGCUUGAUAUACAGAAUGAAAAGUCAAUUAUUAGUACUACCAUUAUGUAAUAAGAUUCUUUGGUGGAAUAUAUAUGCCGUACAAUUGGGGUAUAGUUUUAAGAAAAUUGAUCAAUCACAGAGCAAAUGUAUGAUUUGACCAAGUAACAAUUUUUCUAAUGUAGAUGUAAUCUGAAGUACAUGACUUAUUGGGCAAAAUGUGAAAGGAGUAUUUGUAGACACUCUCAGAUAGGUAGCUAUUUACAGAGAAACUUGAGACUGAUGCUGGUUUCUCACCUCAAGAAGAUUCAUACUGUAACUAGCAGCUAUGCCUGUGCUAGCAUUCUGCGGGAAUGCGUGCAGACUUUAAACUUAAGAAAAGCAAAAGCAAUCCAUGCAAACCUCAUCAAGGGAUCCACGUUUGAGUCAGAUUCUUUGUUCAUGCACAACCAUUUGAUGAAUGCAUAUGUGAAAUUGGGGGAUGUCGAGAACGGUCUCCAGUUGUUUGAGGAAAUGCCUGAGAAGAAUGUGGUGUCAUGGACGGUGCUCAUUGCGGGAUUUGUGCACAAGGGUUUUCCUACUAAAGCAGUUUCCCUGUUUUCGGAUAUGCACAGGAGUAGAGUUAGGCCGAAUGAGUAUACUUUUGUGAGCAUGCUCCAUGCGUGCUCUUUUGCAGAGAGUGUGGACUUGAUUUGUGCCUUUCAAGUUUACGCUUUGGUAAUUAGACUGGGAUUUGUUAGUAAUAUGUAUUUAGUGAAUGCAUUUUUGACUGCUUUGAUAAGGCAUGGUAUGUUGAGUGAAGCUACGCAGGUGUUUGAAGGGUGUUUGGAUAAGGAUAUCGUGUCAUGGAAUGCCAUGUUUGAUGGUUUUUUGAAAUAUAGUUGUGAUGAUAUACCAGGAUUCUGGCAAAGGAUGAAUAGUGAAGGGAUAAAACCAGAUGAAUUCACUUUCGCUACUGGUCUUACGGGGCUGGCAGAACUAUCCAAUCUUGAAAUUGGAUUGCAAGCUCAUGCACUCCUUGUGAAAUCCGGUCACGGGAGUGAAAGAUGUGUGGGGAAUGCCUUGGUUGAUAUGUACUUGAAAAAUCAAAGGCUGACUGAUGGUCUUCGAGCAUUUGAGGAGAUCCCUAUGAAAGAUGUGUGCUCUUGGACUCAGAUGGCAACAGGGUGUUUGAAUUGUGGGGAGCCUAUUAAGGCACUUAGAGCAAUCAGUGAAAUGAGGAAGGGUGGUAUUAAGCCCAACAAAUUUACUAUUGCGACAGGGUUUAAUGCGUGUGCCAACUUGGCAAGUUUGGAGGAAGGGCAGAAACUUCAAGGCCUUAUGAUUAAACUCGGGGAUGAUCUUGAUGUAUGCGUGGAUAAUGCAUUACUCGAUAUGUAUGCAAAAUGUGGGUGUAUGGAUGAGGCAUUGAGGGUUUUCAGAUCAAUGGCUGAACGUUCUGUGGUUUCAUGGACAACGAUGAUUAUGGGGUAUGCACAAAAUGGACAUUCUGAUGAAGCUCUCCAGAUUUUCGAAGACAUGAAGCUGGAAGGAGCAAUGCCUAAUUAUAUUACUUUCAUAUGUGUGCUAUAUGCAUGCAGCCAAGGAGGACAUAUCGAUACUGGACUUAAAUUUUUUACUUCCAUGAGUCGUGAUUAUGGUAUUAUUCCUGGAGAAGAUCACUAUGUUUGCAUGGUGAAUCUUCUUGGCCGGGCAGGACGGAUUAAAGAAGCAGAAGAAUUGAUCUUAGAUAUGCCAUUCAAACCAAGUGUUCUUAUUUGGCAAACCUUGCUUGGUGCUUGUCGGCUCCAUGGGGACGUGGACACAGCAAAACGUGCAGCAGAACAUGCAUUUGCUAUCGAUGAGAAUGACCCUUCAACAUAUGUGCUAUUGUCCAAUACAUUUGCUGAGUUUGAGAAUUGGAGCAAUGCGGGAACAUUGAGAAAAUGGAUAGAAAAUAGGAAUAUCAAGAAAAUGCCUGGUUCCAGUUGGCUUGAAAUAAACCAAGAUCAUUCAAAUAUAUGGGGUUGCUAAAAUGGACCCAACAUGUGGAUGUCCAGAACAAAUUCCUCUAUUGUAUCUGUUAGUUAAUUUUUUGAAACAUGAUCCAUUUUUCUAAACUUGAACAAGUUGUUUCCUGCUAAACUUAUUAGACAUCACACUGUCAAGAUACGAGGGUAGAGGUCUCAUCUACACAAUUGUAGGCCAACACCACACAUAAAUGGUG